AUGGCGCAGCAGUCCCCGUUCGCGACGUCCGAAGAGCCGAUCCGCGCCCGGUCGGGCACCGUGCCCAUGAUGAGCUCGCUCACGCGCGGCGAGUCCGAGUCGAUCCCGAUCUACAAGUUUGUGCUCACGGGCGGCCCAUGCGCCGGCAAGACGACGUCGCUCGAGCGCCUCUCGACCUACUUCCGUGAGCGUGGUUUCCGCGUCUACAUGGUGCCCGAAGCCUCGACCUUGCUCCAGUCGGGCGGCGCCCACUUCUUGGAUCUCAAGCCCACGGACAUCAUCAACUUCCAGUGGGCCAUUCUGUCGACGCAGAUGCAGCUCGAAGACACCUUUAUGGCGCUGGCGCGGGACACCAAGCUGCCGUGCGUCAUUCUCUGCGACCGCGGCGCCAUGGACGGCUCGGCCUACAUGGACCCGGAGGAGUGGGAAGACCUCAAGCUCCAGCACGACCUCGACACGGUCACGCUCCGUGAUACUCGCUACAACGCGGUCUUCCACCUUGUGACGACGGCAAACGGCGCGCCUCAGUUCUACACGCUCGACAACAACGGCACGCGCAUCGAGACGAUCGAGCAAGCGUGCGCGGUCGACGAGCGCAUCUGCCACGCGUGGAUCGGCCACCCCAAGCUCUUUGUCUUUGACAACUCGACGGGCUUUGAGAGCAAGAUGCAACGACUCAUCAACUGCGCCGCGACGCUCACGGGUCUCCCGUCGACGGUCAAGUCGUCCAAGAAGUUCCUCCUCCGGUCGCUGCCGUCGCCCGCGUCCAUGCCCGUCCACUGCGAAGAGUUUGAAGUCGAGAAGGUCUACCUCAUGCCCCACCCGAGCGAUGGCCCGGACGACUAUGUCUUUGUGCGCUGCCGGACGCAGUACGGCAUCCCCGUCUACGGUAUGACGACGGUCCGCACGAUUGCGGGCACGGGCGAGCCGGUGCAUCUCAAGCGCGUGCUCUCGGCGCGCGAGUACACGUACGCGGUGCGCCACCGCGCCGACCCGAGCCGCCGCAUCAUCAAGCAGAAGCGCAUCUGCUUCUUGUGGAAGAACCAGUCGUUCAACAUCCACAUCUACAAGGAGCCUGUCGAGCUCGCGAGCCAGGGCAUUGUGCACAUCCAGGCGAGCAUCGAGUCGACGGCGACCGUCAUGAUGCCGGGCUUCCUCGACACGGACGAAGAAAUGGACGAGUCGCACCCUCUCUAUACGGGCUACCACGUCUCGCUCAAGGAGAUGGACAUUCCCAACGUCCUGUAAGCAUCGAAACGACGGAGCUUGUCCGUAUGCACAUG